GAUCUCAAUGCUUACCCUCUCGCGCCGUGCCGCACGAGAGAGAUCCGCGUAAUAUUCCGUCGCGAAGCGAACCAAGAAGCAGCCACCACCACCCCCCCACGACCCCCUCCUUCUCCUUCCUCCGCCUCUAUCUGUACGGACUCUCUGACGUCGAAGGUUGACCCUGUCUCUCUCCCUCCGUUGCUUCUCGGUCGUCAGCAGCAGCAGCAGCUUCUGUUCUUGUGUGGAUCUCCUGAAGCGUCGGUGUCACCCUUUCUCUCUCUGGAACACUUGUGGGUCGCGUUUCUUGGUUCGUUCCAGCAAAAGUAGAGACAAUUCCUUUGGUUGUGAAGGGCCAACAGCUGAAUCUAGUAGCGACUUCUUUGAAGCAAUGAGCUCUGAGUCUAAGAAAUCCUCUUCAAAUGGGAAUGAGAAACUUUUAACAUCGGAAGAAGAGCAGGCAAAGAUUAAUGAGGUGAGGAGAUUGAUUGGGACAACAGCAUUGCCGGAGAAGUUAUCAAUUUAUUGUUCGGACGCAUCACUUGCUAGACAUUUAAGGGCUCGGAAUUGGAGUGUGAAGAAAGCAACUAAGAUGCUCAAAGAUACCUUGAAGUGGAGAUCAGAAUAUAAGCCUGAAGAAAUUCGCUGGGAAGACAUUGCUCAUGAAGCCGAGACUGGGAAAAUCUACAGAUCAAAUUAUAUAGAUAAACAUGGCAGGACAGUUCUGGUCAUGAGGCCUAGUCGCCAGAACUCGAAGACAACAAAAGGACAAAUUAAAUACUUGGUUUAUUGCAUGGAAAAUGCUAUUUUGAAUCUGCCAUCCGACCAAGAGCAGAUGGUCUGGCUGAUAGAUUUCCAGGGUUUCAAUUUGUCACAUAUAUCAGUGAAGGUGACAAAGGAGACGGCCCAUGUAUUACAGGAUCAGUACCCGGAACGUCUUGGUGUUGCCAUUCUUUAUAACCCUCCUAAAUUCUUCGAACCAUUCUUUUCGGUGGUAAAACCCUUCCUCGAGCCCAAAACUUACAAUAAGGUAAAGUUUGUCUACUCGGAUGACCUCAACUCGAAGAAAAUAAUGGAGGAUCUAUUUGAUAUGGAUCAGCUUGAAUCCGCAUUUGGUGGCAAUGAUGCUACUGUUUUUGACAUUGGUAAGUAUGCCGAGAGGAUGAGAGAAGAUGACAAGAGAAUGCCGUCCGCUUGGACAAGAGGGAACAGUCCGUCAGAAACCCAAGCAGCAGUGGUAACUGUUUCCGCUUCUUUAGAUUCCAUUGCUUUAUCAGAUUCUGAUCCCUCAGACAACGAGAAGGCAGAAGAUAUGAUGGGUGGAGUGGAGUCAGAGAUAGCGUCCCCCAUUGAUGCUGUGGCAUCAACAAAUAUAGGCGAUAACCGCGCUGCAAGCGUGCAUUCUUAAAAGAAAACGAGUGCAAGCUUUGAUGUCAUUCUAACCUUGACAUGUAAGUGCGGAUUUUGCACUCUGACCAUUCUGGGAUUCUAGUUAGGGCUUGAACUGAUCUUCUGUCAAUUAUUUAGAAUGAAGUUGCCUUGUUGCAUCAAGUGACUUUCUAAUAUGGUGUUUCAGGUCAUGUUCUCUGGUGCUUUUAAUAACUUCUUGUUAUUCUAGCGGCUAUACAUUUUAUUAUAGU